GAACAAGUGGAAGUGUUGUUUACCUGUUUUUGCUCGUUUUUGACUACGAUUUACUCGUUCAAAACGCCUUUCGAAACAGAGCUUGAGUAACUAUUUAUUGUACUUCUUCUUUUUAUCGUCGUUAGCAUAUUUAUACGCAAAUUUCUUUUACAUACUACGAAUCAUCUGUGGUUAUGUGCGGUGUACUUCAUGAUUAUGAUUUGCAGGUUUUGACGCUUGUUGUACUCCCUUCAAAGUUCCGUGAAAAUGGGUUAUCUUCAACGGCUGGAGUUAGAGAAUUUCAAGUCCUACAAGGGAAAGCAUACUAUUGGACCAUUCAAACGAUUCACAGCCAUUAUAGGACCAAAUGGAUGUGGUGAGUGGAUAUUUGAUGGGGAACUAUAAAAGCUUCAUUUCAAGGCUUAUUUGUGCUUUUUCAGAGUUUUAAAGCUUAUAACUCUUGUAGUUGCAUGGCCUUCUGUAUCAGCUUAAGUGGAUCAAAUCACAUGACAGUCGUUUUGUGAAGCUUUUCUAUAUACUAGUACCAAUAAAUGCCCAUUUUCCCCCGGGGGGUAGGGGGGUACUCAUGGGAAUUCUUGGUUGGGGUGUGCUGCCCGGUUCAACAAAUCCUGACCCUAUUUCAGACCAAAAAUUUCAUAUUUUUCCAUACCUAUUUUCAGACCAGACCUCUAAAAUCCAUACCCAUUUUCAGACCUGGCCUUUAGGCAGAAAUUAUGUCAUCAUAACUUAGAUAAGAGUACCAACAAAUGCAUUUCGAAUUCACGUAUUUCUAUAUUAUUCUUAUUCAUUUAGAAUUGAAAUGAUACCAUGUUUAUACACUCCCUUAGUUCCCUCAAAAACCAUACCCAAUUUCAGACAGAAAUGCGCAAAGUGUAUACCCGUUUUCAGACCAAAAAGGCCAAAACACCAUACCCUUUGGGACAGCACGUACCUGUAUGGAUUAUGUAAGGGAGAAACCCCAGAUUUCCGCUAUUGUUGUUUUAUACUAAAUUUUUUAUAACUAGGAAAAUCUAAUUUGAUGGAUGCCAUUAGUUUUGUGUUUGGUGAAAGAACACAGAGUCUUCGAGUUCGCACAGUUAAGGUGAGUGUUAAUUAUCGCGGAAGUGGAUCUGAAGUCUUUUCACCCUUUAAUAAAUCAUUUCUGCUUUCAUUCCCAAAAAGAUGCAGACAAAUCCACACACCAUCUUUGCGAUAGCUGUCACAAAGUGCCCUCAUAAAUAGGAAUUUACCACAAUUGUCAGUCUUGAAGUAAUAUAAAACUGGAAAUAAACCCAUUCAAAUACAACACACUUGUUAAACAAGAUCUGCAUUCCAACCUGGACAUGUCAUCUGUCAGAAAAGGGUUAUUAGUAGUGGCUGUACAAGCAAGUUGAAAGGACAAGGCAGGUGAAAGGCACCAGUUUAUGUGUUGGGGGUACACUUGAGCAGUUUUUAUUUGCCUUUGCUAAAGUACUCAUUCUUUCCACAUUAAACAUUUAAACACUGGAUAUCUUUUCUUCCUCAAAGGAUCUUAUCCAUGGAGCUCCUAUAGGCAAACCUGUAGCUAAUACAGCAAUGGUCUCUGCUGUAUACGCAGAGCAGGAUGGAACUGAAAUCAACUUCACUAGAAAGUACGAUCAUACUCAGGUCUAACUAUAUUUUAGAGUAGUGUUUAUUUGAGUAUUGAGGAAUUUGUCUUUUCGUUAUUUAUUUGUAUAGUUUCUGAUGCAAUAAGAAGUAUUUUGUCAUUUUCUCAAACCAAACUCAAGCAGGCAUUGGGACUCUUUCUUUUAGCUAGUACUUCUGGUGUGCAAAAUAUUCCUGUUUUCGGCAACGUUUACCAUUUGGUGCUUCCAAAUUUAGGAAAAUACAUCUGUAAGAACAAUAUUUCCAAAUGUCUUAAGGGAGCACUUUUCAACCUCCCCCCUAUCCCUUAGGUGAGCUGUGACCUUAAACUGGCUACUCAACUUUUAAUAAUAGAUCUUAACUUUUGCUUGUUUUGUCUGUUGUAGGAUUGUUGGUAGUGGUACUGAAUACAGAAUUGAUAACAAAGUUGUGUCACCACAACAGUACACCAAAAAACUGGAGGAAUUAGGCAUUUUGGUGAAAGCUAAAAACUUUCUUGUGUUUCAGGUAAAGUAUUUCAUUUGUAAUAAAACUAUAUACUUUUUUUACUUGGCCUUGUACCAACUGAACGGUGGAAGAACAGUAUACCGUAUUUCCUCAAAUAAUAGCUGGGGGCAAUUAUUUCUUUCUUUGCACCAAAAGGGGGUGAUUAUUCAAGGGAGGCAAUUAUUUCAAAUGUUGCUCACUGGAAGUCGUGCCCUAAAUAUUUUGUUCUAUUUUUCCAUUAAAUCAAAAGUAAUCACAUCAAAUAAACUGAACUUUGGAAUUUAAUGUGCUCCAAAUUUGGUUCCUUGAUGUCCUCGGUGCAGUGUUCUCACCAGGCCGCGGCAUUGUGGGAUUCCCACAAGAAAAUCUGAGAUGGCACAUAAAAAGCGUAGAAGAUGCGCAGGGGCAUGCUACAAGUCAAACAGAGUUUAGAAAUUCUACAGUUAAGUUAUUUUAAUGGUCAACCUAACAACCCAGUAUUUUGCUUGGUCAAAUGAAUAAAAAACAUGAUAUCAAAAGAUUCAAAGUGGUUAAUGUUAUUUCCUUAACUUUCAUUGGUCCCAGUCUUUGUCAAUCCCUGAUGGUUUGAACCUGCGACUUCCAGGGUGUCUAAAUACAAUCUUUCCUUACUAUGAAUUCUAGAUUUAAGCUUGAACUUUUACAAGGUUAUGCCCUUAUUAUUGAAGGUUUAAAGAAAUACCCAAAGCUGUUUGUGUCAACACAUUUUGGUGGUGUUUAUGUUUGAACUAUUUCAUCGUUAGGGUACUGUUGAAUCAAUAGCAAUGAAAACUCCCAAGGAACGAACCCAGAUGUUUGAAAAAAUAAGCAGGUUUGAGAAGUUGUCUGUAUAACAAAAUUUACCUCUUUUAAAUCAAGCCCCACACCCUUGAGAUUUCUGCAGUGUUCGUAAUAAUAAUAGUAAUAUUGAAGGGGUGCCUGCAAUAAAUCCCUAAGCCCCAAAUGUCUGAUAAAAUGCUACAUUCUCCUUCCUUGUAUGUCUUGUUAAUAAAAGGAGAAUUUGAUGUGAGAUCUUUCACCUUCAGGGUUAAAUUUUGUUUUACUUUUGUUCAAACAUUUUUAUCUGUUGUUAAUUUUAGAGCAUCCCAUCAUCAACUUGUUGACAAAUCUGAAACACAAGAGGAGACACCAGCCCUAGUCACUUAAUCAUUAUUCCAUCACCCUUCUACCUUUAAAAGAUAUGCAUCUACCAAAGAUAUGAAGGAAAUAAUUGUGCAGUAACUUUUUUAUUGCUAAAAUACAUCUGCAAAGAUAAUAGAAAUACAUCUGCAAAGAUAUAGAAAUGAUGACGUGUUAUGAAAUUUGCCAGGUCUGGAGAGCUUUCAGAUGAUUAUGAAAAAAAGAAGCAAGAAAUGCAAAAAGCUGAAGAGGAGACAAGUUUUAACUAUCACAAAAAGAAGGUAUUUCAUUAUAGUAAGCAAGAUGGCUAGUGUUUUUGUUUCCAAGAUGGUACUUGCAUAUAAUAUUGCUAAAACAUCACUGGAAGUUCUGUUAGAAUAGCUCUUGAAAUAAAUCACUCCUCCUAGGUUUGUUAGAACGUCCUGAUAAUGCAACACCAUGAAAUUUGUCAUGUUCCUUAUUCCAUGUUUUCAUUUGAAGCUGUAAGUGGUAAUUGAUUUGACAAAGGAGUUCUUAAAAUAUUUCUCCGAUCACACUUUUAGGGAAUUGCAGCCGAGAAAAAGGAAGCUAAAGCAGAAAAGGAAGAAGCUGAUAAGUAUCACAAGUUGAAUCAAGAACUGGUGGGUGCUUUAACUAACUGACAUGUAGAACUUAUGUUACAUACCUGUGAUUAGCAAUCAUCUAUUAUGCAGUGCAUAGUUAGUAGACUCAAGUCUGUUUAUUUGGGCUUCUGUAGGACAAUUGCCAGCUGGAGUUGCAGUUAUUUAAGUUGUAUCACAAUGAACAAGGCAUCAACCACCUCACUAAUGAACUGAAAACCAAAUCUCGUGAUCUGGACAAACUUGAAAAAGAGAAGAAUGAAACUGAACAAAAACUGAAGAGCAAGAAGCAAGAGAAUGCAAAGUUAUCACGGGAGAUGGCAAGUGUGGAAAAGAAAAUAGCAAGCAAGGUACAAUACCCUAUCAUUGCUAUACCCUAUUACAGUAUAUAUUUAAAUAACUUACAGUGAAAGGGUAAACCCUUUAAGAUUAGAUGUAAGUUUUAGCCAUUGAUUACUCUGUUGUUGGGGAGGGGUGGGGAGGGGUGGGGAGGGGUGGGCGGGGGAGGGAGGUGCUUAAAAAAUAUCCAAGGUGUUGUAGCAACCGUACUUUGCUUCACAAAUAUAUACCCAGAUGUGUAGCCUGAUAUUAAUAAUUAUUAUAGCAAGGCAUUUCUGUUUCCAGAAUUUUUGUCAUGUUUCAACCCACACUCUUUUGUUUCAAUUUAUUUGGGCCAGGCCUACAUGUACAUUGUAUAUUCUUUCAAUAGUUCAGUUUUGUAUAACUUUGAAACCAAGUAAAUUUCCCUUUAAGGAAGCUGAACAGAACAAGAAUAAACCUCUGUACAUCAAAGCCAAGGAGAAAACUUCUCAUCUCUCAAAACGAAUAGAAAACUCCAAGUAAGUGUAUGUUCCUUUUGGUUUGUUAAUGCAUAAAAUGGCAGCAAAUUCUUGACUUUUUAACAUUUUGACUUGGUGGCAUGAUAUUGAGUUUUCACCCUAUUGGUAGCAAGAUCUAAAAUGCCUGUAGUUUUCAAAAUCUUGAAUAUGCAGUAGCUUCCCCAGCAGAAGGUUGAGUUUUCAAAAUCUUGGAAACAAUUAUUAAACUCCAGGUAUAGCUUGAAUACAUCUUUAUUACCUUAUGGUGGAAGUUCAACUGUACAAUCACUUUUUAAUGAAUGAUUUUUACUCUUUGUGCUAUGUUGCUUCUUGUUGAAAUUUUACAUUAAGUAUUAGAUUGUUGGAGAUUGACAAUUUUUGAACUUUUGUUUUCUAUAGGAAGGCUGUGGCCAAAGCAAAGGAAGCGCAUAAGAAACAUGAGGCUGAGGUACCUUUUUACCUACCUACGACCUGUUCACCUACGGGUAUUCUCUAAUUUGUGUUAAAUGAACCAGCCAUGCAAGGAUGAAAUGAAAUCUCAACAUAUAUGCUGCUUUCAUUCUGCACAUCUUUCACCGUAAUGUGUAGGAGAGUUUAUCCAAGAUGUACAGUAAUUUCAUAUCUUUCAAAUUGUGUAGAUUGAAGAGCUUGAGAAAGAACUUGAAGAAGUUCGCAGGGCUGCUGAGCAAUAUGAAAAUGAUGUGUCGGGAGACAGUCAAGAUGAAAAUGUUGAACUAAUGGAAGCACAGGUGAGAUUAGCAUAGAGAUUCCUUUUUAAGUACUUGUGGGUACCUAAGGGUAUUAACAAGUAUUUGCAGGCACUUCUAUAUGCCAAUGCAUCAGUCAGGCUGAAAUGAGAACUAUUUAUGAUUGUGAAUAGUUAGUGAAAGGAAACAAGAAAACUUGACAGUCGACUUAGGUUGAAACCAUUUUGACCUACAACAUAUCCAUAAGUUUCCAUUCCCAUAGUUUACAUUGGUUCUUCUUUGAAGUGAGAUGUUGAACCAAGACAAGUACAUGUAAUUGAUAACUGGCCAGUUUGUUGACAGAUACCAUACCCCUGUAUCAAAAAGAAUAUUAUAGAAAAUAAACUAGCGGUAUUUUGAAUGUUCUUUGCAGUUAAGUCACCUUGUCAUAGUUAUGACCUAGAGCAGUUAAAAAUUUUUUAUUUCUUUAUUUUUUUACAGUUUAGGCAUAGCUGUUAAGAAAUGCUACUGUAGAAAAUUGUUUUGGAUGUUUGAUCAUGGCCAACUUAACCUGCAAUUACCUUGAUCAAGUGCUGUAACAGUCAGUGAUGAAUUAGCCAUGAUUUAAUGUUUGUAUUUCUUUGAAUAGCUUGAACAGUAUAAUGCCUUGAAGGAGGAGGCUGGAAGGGAAACUGCUGCAGUUAAGUUAGAGCUUGACAAGGUAUGUAUGUGUACUCAAAUAUUUAAAAUUAUCAGGCAUAACCUUAAAAAAAAUGGUGUUAGUAGACAACUGAAGGUUAACAUUUAAAUAAACGACAUAAAAAUAAAGAAUCAUUAAUAAAUUUUAUUAUUGGCUUGUUCGUCUCUUAUAGAUUGUCCGAGAGCAGAAUGCUGAGCAGAAAACUCUUGAUCAACUGAAGCAGAGAGAAAUAAGUUUAUUGUCUCAGCAGAAACACAAGAUAGAUCAAAGGUUUGUGCAUAACUUUUAAUCCUUUGAAAGUAUAUUAUUGAAAGUCCAUUGCUGUAAAAUAAAAUACAAUACAACGUGCAAUGUAUCAACAAGUAAGUGAUAUCCAAACUCUCGCACUAGUGACAUUCUUUUGUUUUAAUAAUUAUUAAAGUCAUUGUUGGCGUUAUUCAAAAUAAAGAGCAAAUAUUAUAUUUUUAUGUACUAGGAAACAGUUAGAGGAGAGAAUGGAGAAACUUGAUGAUUAUAUCAGGUACAGCUGUAUACUUUGUACUUUUCCUAUUUUGUUUGAUUACGGUCUACUCAAGCAAAAUAGCUUCCUUCUUCAAGUCAUGGUAAAAGCCUGGACAUAACUGGCACAUUUCUCUACUGAAUAUUAUAUUGCUCAAGUGCAGUGUAUUUAAAUGGUACAGAAAAAUAAUAAUUAAUUAGAGGUAACAAGAGGUAUACCUGUACAUAAAAAGUUUUACUUUAAGAUUAGAGGUAGAGUUUGUUGUGUUCAUUAUGACUCUGAGUAUGGGCAAUAUACCCGUGUAGUAAAUAUUAAAUUACUGCAAAAAGUAAGUGUUUGUUUACAUGCAGUAUGUUCAAUUCUCUCCUUUUUUGAUAUUACUGCGAUGAUCAUUCUUCACUUUCAUCUACAACCGCAGUUCAAAUAUGAAUUAUUUCAUAUACUUCACAUCAUUUCACUCCUCACGGGAGAUAUGAACUCAAUAAAUUGACCUCGCUCCCAAUGUGUGGCUUCAUAGCUCAGUUGGUAGAGCAACGCACCGGCAACGCGUAGGUCACAGGUUCGAAUCCCGUUGAAGCCCUGAUUUUUUUCAGGCUUCUUCUUUCCAAUUGCUUAUUGGAAAAUUUACUGCGAUGAUCAUUCUUCACUUUUAUAAUCAUAGUGUUGUUGAUGUUGUUAAUAUAAUGCUUUUUUUUAGUAAGGUCCUAGUGAGCAUAUUUUUUAUUUUUCAGAUCAAAUCAUGAGCAAGUGGAGAAAUUGCAGCAAGAACAUGAUGCACUAGACACAGAAAUCAAGUAUGUGUUGAAACAAGCAACAAAAUUUAUUCCUAGGCAUAUAGUUUACCUUAUAUAUUUACUUUCAUUGAUUUUGUUAUCUUUGCUUCUUAAUAUGUCUUUAUUAGUGAUGCCAACUCUCGUCACUCUGAACUAUGCAAACUGUUGGAGGAGGUGCAGGUUGAACUGAGUGAAGCUAAGGUAGAUAAACAUGAGAAUGCACGACAUCAGAAAAAACAGGAAGUGCUGGAGAGUAUGAAGAGACUCUUUCCAGGAGUUUAUGGACGGCUCAUAGAGCUAUGUGAACCAGUGCACAAAAAGUGAGUCAUUAACCAGCAAUUUAAGUCAAGAAAAAUAAUAUCCAUCCAUUCUCGAAGUCAUUAAGUUAAUUUAUACAAAAUGUUAACAGAACUUGACUUUUGCUACAAUAAUACAGUGGAACCCUUGUAACUCGAACUCUGAAGGGAAAGGAAAAACAGUUCAAGUUAGCAGGAGUUCAGGUUAUCGGGAUCUGAUUCACCGCUUUAAUGAUUAAUAGUUACUGAUUUUUCAGCAAUUCAUUGUGUAUAGCUACCGCAUAUUUACUUAUUUCGUCAAAAAUGGUGAAAUGAUCAUGCAUUUUUAUGAUAAAAUGCAAUCUGUUUUUGUUUACCUACAACAAGAAGAACUAAUGGGAUGGAAUCUGAGUGGGAUAACAAGAGCCAGAAUUUGAGUUAUCAGGGGAAAUUUCAGUGAAAUUUUGAUCAAGUGAAAGGAAGUUUAAUUUGAGUGAGGAGGGGGGAAUUCAAGUUAUCUUAGCAAAAAUGUGGUGUGAAAUCCAAGGGAAAUAGGACUUAGUUUGAGUUAGCUAGGAUUUUGAGUUAUCCGAGUUCGAGUUACUGAGGUUCUACUGUAAUGUUUAUUUGUCACUUAGCUAUGUUUUGAGCUGGCAUUUGGUUGGGAGCUGAGGAAACCACAAAAGUGUGACAAACAAGAAUAUUACCAUUUGAUUCUUUUUCAAUAAUUAUUGUAAAACAGUCAAUAAAAUUGUCAUCAUAAUUAAGAGUUGUUUAUUAAUUGACAAAUUUUUAAUUUAUAAUUAUGUCAUUUUUUUGUCAGGUAUACCCUGGCCAUAACCAGGGUUCUUGGGAGAAACAUGGAUGCCAUUGUUGUGGAUACAGAGAAAACUGGAAGAGAUUGCAUUCAGUACCUUAAAGAACAGGUUUGAUUUGCUACAUGUAGAUCCAACAUAUUUAUGAUCAUUUUCUUGAUACAAUAGCAAGAGCUCAAUUUUUUGAUUGUGUGUGUCUGCAUGAGAUCCAAAGGUAACUGAAAAUAAAAAUUAGGUGUUUGUGUGUGUGUGGGUAGGGUGGGGGGGGGCUCAAAAUUAAUUGUCAAAAAUAUUGAAAAUAUAAUUAUUUUUUAUCUUGUUCAUUUUAUUACAGCGGGCUGAUCCUGAGACGUUCCUGCCACUGGAUUCCCUUCAGGUCAAACCUGUUCAAGAGAAGUACCGGCAGAGCGCUGGUUCGGCUAAGUUAGUCAUUGAUGUGAUCAAAUUUGAACCAGCAGUUAUCAAGGUAUAACAGCUAGUUCUAUUAAGUUUACUUAAACUGUUAUACAACUUAUGCUUUACAAUGACGUUGUCCUGUGGUGUUACUGGUAACAGCACAAUAACUUCUUAUUUUGAAGAAUUUUUUACAAAAUAACCAUCUUUCACUGUCUUUUUUCCAACCUAAUAUGAAACAAUAUACCCAUGGUGUAUUGCUGAAGGAAUAUAUCAUUCUCUUAUGGCAGAAAGCCCUACAGUAUGCUUGUGCUAAUGCUCUUGUUUGUGACCGAAUGGAGGAUGCCAGACAGUUAGCAUUUUCAGGAGCUGAAAGAAAGAAAACAGUUUCCUUAGAUGGAACGCUGUUUCAAAAGUCUGGGAUCAUUAAAGGGGGAGUAAGGUAAAUCAAUGAUCAAAUUCUGUUCUGAAACUUAUAUCUAUGUUAAAUAAUAUAUAUUAUGUUGUUUAAGAAAAUCCAAAGACUCCUUUCACUUUGCAGAGCACUUUUUCACGUACACAGAGAUUUCCUCCAUAUAUUGUUAUUACUAUACACCAUUAAAGCUAUUUUUACUAGAUCCUAGUGUUUGAGUGUCAUGUAAACCAGGCAAUAAAGUUUUCAACGUUUUACAAUUUUUUCAUAAUUUUCAACCAGUGAUCUGAAGGCCAAGGCCAGGCGAUGGGAUGAAAAGCAAGUUGAUGCACUGAAACGUAAACGAGACAGCUUCUUGGCUGAAUUGAAAGAGCUAUCAAAGCAUCGUAGAAAAGAACCACAACUACAAAACUUGAAGUCUCAAAUUGAUGGGCUUCGGAAUCGACUGAGGUACUCUCACAAGGACAAAGAAACCACAGUGAGUUUGCUUUUUGUACUGUAGUGUUUUUUCCACACAAAGAUGAGUUGUUCUUCAAACGUACACUUUUGUAUGAGGAUACAGUUACUACACCUGUACCCUCAACUACCUUCCAUACUUCCUUUUACAAGUGAUAACAAAAUGAAAGAGUGAGAGAGUGAAGCUUUUUUAAGUAGUUACCAUGUAAAGAAAGUAUGUUCCAUUUACAACUGGAUCUGGUGAAUUAAGCAGCAUUGCAUACAUUACUUUUUGUUUGUCUUAGGAGAAGCAAUCAUUGACUGCCAUCUCUAAGGACCUUGACUUCAUUGAAAAAGAACUGAGAAGCUUGGAGGUAUUUUUCAUUUUUUUCAAAAACAAUGUAUUUAGUUAGGAAUUUUUUAAGUCCAUUUUUUCAGAAAUUUCUAACAUUGCUUAAUCUAAGGUAGGCAAAAUUAGUUAUGUCAAUAACCAAACAAUUUAAAUGUUAAAAUUAAUUUUUGUCUUUGCAAGUCAUAAGUUCACCUAACACAAUACCCUGAUAUUAUUACAGUGUAGCUAAGCACUAGUACAGUUAAAACACAUUAUGCAGUUCACUGUUUAUCGCUUUGAUAGUAACACAGCUUGUUCAGGUUUAUCACUCGGGCAAUGCAAUUUCCUGUAUGCCAUCAUUUCUAUUGGACUUUUUAAGUGAUGCGUGUUGUGGACAUUUCAGCCAAAGAGGGAUGAGUUACGAAAAUCAAUGGAAAAAAGAAGUACAGCAAUCACCAACACAGAGAAAAGAAUGAACAGAGUAGAGGAUCAGGUAAGUUAAUUAAUAUGGUGACACAGGGACUGAUCUUAACCUUGUACAAUUCUUGUUGCUAAUGAAACCUUAAUUUGCUAGUCAGGAGUGGUUAGUACGAACUUCUCUUUAAAUAAAAUAAUGGGCAACCAACCAACACAAGUUUGAGAACCAGUAAUACACCCUUGUCUCUAUUUCUUCCUUUCCUUUUUUUAUUAUUUAUUAUUAUUUAAAGAUGUAACAUAACAAACUACUUGCAGAUAUCCAAGUGAUGCCAUACUCUCCAAUUUAGUUAUUUUGAUUCCAGAUUUAACUCAUUCACCGCUGAACCACCCAUAACACCCCACGCAGAUCAUUGUCCCUUUUGCUGGUUGUGAUGUCAUGCAUUUUCAUAGACAAUUUUGAAAUUAAUCUUAACUUGUGCAGGGGGAAAAGAUCUCUGAAAUCAAGAUCAAAUUAGAAAGGUUCAGUCUAACGGGACAGAGAAAAAUGUAUAAAACCAUGAAAAGUUGACCCAAAAAGUCCAAUGAUAAUCUUGUUCUGACACCCAGCUCCACCUCUUUCCUUCUAAUGCUAUGAUCCUAAAAUUUUAACCAAAAACUUGAAAAAAGUAGGUAAGAGAAGCAAGAAAAGAGCCCUGGGGGGAGGAGAGGGGGUGGGAGGAUGAAAAGCAAAUUUUGCUUUCUGUGCUUGUCUGAACUUUCCAAGCUGGAGACGGCAUACUGUUCAAUGUAUAAAUGGUUGUUUGGUUCUUUAUGGCCAAACAGUGACAGGAAAACAGCAUGAUUAACUUUAUAAAACGUUUUCACCAAAGCAUUUUUUUACAGGUAUUCAGGGAAUUCUGUGAUCAAAUUGGUGUAGAGAACAUAAGGUAUGCAUACAAAUUUAGAUCAUCUUUCUACACAGAGAAUGUUACUAAUCUGACUUUGUUGUGUUCCCUAUUGGAAAUGAUUUCACUGUCUUAAUUGUGAAAUGUAAUUCCAGUGCUGUAUAAUGUUGUGGGGAAUGAGAUCAACAGAAGAAAGUGAGGGUUUAUUUACAAGCCAGGGAGAAUGGGAAUAAUGGUUAUUGAGGUUUUCAACCCUUCCUUUGGCUACAUAAAGAGUCAAGGACCAUUGAAGUCAAACAGUAGAUGCAGCAUUAUUAAAAAUAAAGAGAAUAAUGACUCACCCUUGUUCCUUGCCUGGAACCAUCUACAUAGAACAGAACCUGUAACUGAUAUUGUGUUUUUAUCUUUUCAAGGCAAUAUGAAGAAAGACAACUGAGGUCCCAGCAAGAGAGAGCUCAACGCCGUCUGGAGUUUUCUAACCAGGAGUCCCGCUUAAUGAAUCAGGUUAGAAAGAAAUGUUACUCUACACAUUUGUUCAAUCUGCCAAACUGAUUUAACACUCAUGUAUAAGCUGUAUGCAUGGCUGGAUAAGUCACACCCCCAACUUUCAAUCCUGAUUUUGAAAAAAAAAAACACUCAAAAAAUAAUGAAGGUUUUUAAUUUUAGUGCUAAGCUUCAUGAGUGUAAAUCAAGUUUUUGGUAAAUUCAGUGUUAGCUGCAUAUUUGUUAUUGCUUGAUUAAAUACGUCAGUGAAAUCUCAAGUUAUUCCUUCUCUGGAAUGUUAAAGCUCAAGUCAGUAGUGUUCAUUCUUUCAUAUUUGUUAUUAUGUUUUCUGUCCUUUUUCUGACACCAAACUGACCAGAAGAGAUGUUCUUGUAGAUAAGCCACCCAUGAUUUUGGGCGUAAAAUCUAUGCAAAAAGAUGCGGCUUAUACUCAAGUAUUUAAGGUAGUUUAGGGUAGUAUUUAUGGUAUUAUCUUAACGAUCUAUUGUCUUGUUUUUAUAGUUGGAUUAUGAAAGGGGUAGAGAUACGAAAGGUAAGUGCCAUGAUUACUUUUUGGAGGGCACAUUUUGUUAUUUUGCAUAUAACAUAACUUUUACACAAACAUCUUAAAAUAGUUUGUCUACUUUUGUGACUUUUUGCCAAUAUAGUACCUAAUAAUUAAAACUUUUUUUUUUUCAUUCUUGGAUGGUAAUGUAAAAAAAAAAUUAAAAAGGAAGGCAUUCUCACUAACAUGCACAUAGACCAGAUAAAUGACUAAAUUCAGUUUCAACAAUUUUAUCUUAAAUUCUUAACACCUGGAUAUUACUAGAAAAAGUAACUGGAUGCUAAAUUACUAUUCUUUGUAAAGAGUUUACUAAGUGAUCAGUUGCUUUCAGGUCAACUGAAGAAACUUAAAGACAGUCGGGCUGCAGAUAAAGAAGAGUUUGAAAAACUCGAAGCAGAGGAGAAAGAAAAACUUAAGGCAGGUCUAGCAUACUGGCAAGCUUCAAAUUGUAGUUACUAAACGAACAAAAACAGGAAGAUUAUGUCAGUCUAACACUUAAAUAUUGUCCCUGGCGUUAGGUUAGUAAAGAAUAAUAAUUAUUGUUACUGGUGCUGUGGAAGACAUUACUAAUUAAAGUAUCAAACCGAAGUCUACUAAAUCAAUGGAGCUUUUUGAUUUGAAAACAGCAAAUUUUGCAGUUUUCUUGGCUGGUUGACAAAGAUGGUGCGUAAUCAUUCAUCUAUGCUCUCUAAUAAACUCCAUUUACAGGAAUUUUUGAAAUAUAAUUCAACAUACCACAUAUGUUUUAAAACAAUACUAUUUAGGUUACCAAGACAGUGGUCUUAAUUCGUUAAGAUCAUUUCUUUUUACAUCAUUUAUCACUAAUAAUUAUUAUGCCAACAUGUGUAUAUCAUUAUUUAUAUCUUAAAUUCCAUUUUUUUUUGCUCAUAAGAACUUAUUUUACAAAAGUUCUGACAGAUAUUAUUCUGUAUAACUUGUAGAUAAUCGAACAGGUUGAUAGUGAACUGCAAAAAUUGCACUUGGAGAAAUCAAGCAAGAAGUCAGAGAUUGAUGAGAAGGUUUGACAACAUAUAGCCAGUCCACUACACAAAUAUCCUACUAUUUAAUUACUUAGCUAUCUGUGCUCUGGUCAUUAUUGUAAAUGUAAUUUGCAACAUGUUUUGUUACUGUAAUUUAUAUCUUCAGACCUGUUUAAUCACAAGAUUGAAGCUUUAUGCUUUGCCUUAUUUUUCACUCAGGAACAAGAAAUCCGAGAAGUGAAGAAGGAUGUGAUGCAAUGUGUGAAGGAUGUAACAGCUCAUCAGAAACAAAUGACUGCAAUGGUACAUGAAGAUUUUUUCCUUUUAUUUCUUGGUACAUACAAUAUAACAACAUAAACUGCAUACAUAUCUGUAACUGAUGGUUUAAGUACUACAUAAGUUGACAGUCCGUCAAAAUCCACUGAACUAUCAUUUUAUAUUUUAGUUUGUGAGAUUGGUUAUCAUGUUACUAGAAGUUGUUUAAAAAGUCAAUAUUUGAAUAGUCAGUCUCCAUUUAUGUAGUUAUCCAUUUUUGUUCAUUUUCUUCAUUUCAUUGGAUGUUUUUCAGGAGACCCAGCUUGAACAAAAAAGAGCUGAUCGUCAUAGUCUACUAAAGUCUUGCAAGGUAAACCUUUCAAUGAUUAAUUAAACAGGUAGCUGAUGUUUACUGUUUUUUUUGACUGAUGGUAAGUAUAGUCAACCUUUAAACAGUGCAAUUUGUAGUCUUUUAAACUUAUGGCUCUCAGGUUACGGUUAGUGAGUCACGGCUCUUCCCAAAAGGGUCUUUGAGCGUAAUCUAGUGUUGUGUUUUGUUGCUGAACAGCUUCCACACAGCAUGGAAAAUGCUUUAACUUUGUUCUUCUUUCUUUGCUGAUAAUCAUACAGAUGGAAGAUAUCUUCCUACCAUUUAAGAAGGGUGGAAUGAAUGAUAUUGAUCUUGGUGAACCAUCAUCCAGUCAACCUGAAACAUCCAGCCAAGACCAGACUGAAUCAUCUUCAAUGGAUGUUGACAGCACAAGCACACAGGUACAGAGACUUGUAACCCAGCUAUAAAACACUCUUAUAUCAAUAAGCUAGCCUUACUGUCAGACGUUUCUGGAGAAAAGGAGGAAGAGAGAAGCAAAAGGGGAGACUGCUAAGGGAGAGGAACCUCUUCUUUAUCUCUCUCUUCUUCCCUUCUCUCUUUCCACCUUCCCCCUCGAACCACAAAGGAACACCUGAUUAGUGAUACUCAGGCUACCUAUAAGCUGAUUCUCCAAACUGUCAUCCAUACAUUUCUAAGGUUCUAAUGGGGAGAAGUUCUUUAUUAAUCACGAUCAUGAUUUUAAUGUUUUAUGAUAAUUGUGCUUGUUUUGUUCACUGUUACAUGUAUGUUUAAAGGGGCAUAUCAUGUAAACUCUAUUAUCAAAACACAAGUUCUCCAUUUUUCAUCACCAAACAUAUCUUAUAGAAACAGUCAGGAGAAGAUUUAUCUGUGAUACAUUAUCACACCGUAGGAUGUUACCCGCAGUCAAGCUCUGAUCCCUACUUCUGUUUCUUCUAAAAACAAAACAUGUUGCUCGUAGCCUAACACCCCAUCCAAGUGGUCUUUGCCUUAUCUUUCACUUCAUUAUUAUUACUACAUUAUAUUCUUGACCCUGCACAUUCUAUUUGCAGGGAGCAAAAAUAACAUAUGAGAGAGAGGCUAACCUGGUCAUUGAUUAUUCAUCACUCAGUAGAGGAUUAAAGCAGGUGAGAACCUACCUCCAAAAUCCAUUAGAAUAGUCUACUUCCAAGAUGCCUUAAGCCUCUGUUUCAAACCGAGGCUAAGUGGAAAGCCAUUGAUAUGAAAUUACUGUUUGAUUCUCAUGCAAAUAAAACUCAUUUCAAAAAUGUUGUUUACUGAGUCUUGUUUUGAAAGGGAGAAUUUUUGGGACUCGGAAAUGGCCUGUUAUUUAGAUUCUGAUGAGUGCAUCUGGAAUUUUGUUGAAGCCAAAUGGCAUUUGCUUUGCUUUAUAAAUUACUCACCAAUAAACCUUUAUCCCAUUUUAAACUAUCCAGGAAAGGUUUCAUUUUAGAAUUCGAUGCUUAAGAAAGUUUAUAUUAUAAUUGUUAUCAUUAUCAUUAUUGUUCUUUUUCAUUAUUGUUAUUUUAUUGUCAGCUUGAAGACCCUGCUGAAAUUCGCAACAUGAUGAAUGAGCUUACAAACAAGGUGAAUAAACUGCAGACGACUUUACAAAGGAUUCAAGCUCCCAACAUGAAGGCACUUGAAAAGUAAGAACACGUCUUUUUAGUAGACAUCUUAAAGAACGUCAGAGACAAAAAUUGCUUUGCAUUGCUUAGAGCUUUCAUGGAAUAGGUCAUUUGUACGAUGACGUCUUUUUUACUACUGAGACCAGAAUUCAUUUCGUGUUUUCUUUCAUAUUUAAAUUUGUUAAUCCCAUUGAGGUUGAAAUAACAAAAGCCCUAAUUUGCACAAGAAAGCAAAACCCUGAAGGAUUCUGGUAGUAGUAGUAAAAUGACGUCAUCGUGCAAAUGCCCUAUUCAGAGUGUUUGCCAAGAACAUUUUCGUAGCCAAAAGAUCUAAGUUGUCAGAAGAAAGCAUUUACAAUGAUUGUAACAAUAUUUUUACUCCUUCAAGAGGAACUCACUGUACAGUCAGGGAAUAACUAUCAAUCGAAUGUUGCGAUUUUUCAACGUUACUUGUUUCCCUUUAUGUCCUGUGCACACCUACAAUAGAGGAUUUCCAUCCAUUGAUGAUUAUAUUUUAGAUGAAUAUUUAAUUUCUUCUCCGUUCUGAUCUUUAUUUAUUUUGUCAUGCAGGCUUGAUGGUGUGAGUAGCCGUUUCCAAGAAACAAGUGCAGAGUUUGAGCAAGCAAGAAACAAAGCAAGGAAGGCAAAGAUUGAAUUCGAAACAGUCAAGAAGGAAAGGUAUUUUUUCUGUGUAAUUGAUUUUAACAAAAUCUUACUUGCCAAUCCUUGCCUUUUCUGUCUAUUAUUUGUAUUAACUUAAUUUAUGAAACUUGUUUUCACAGAAGAAACAGAUUUUUCGUUUUUAGUCUUGGCUUGUUAUUAUGAUACAUUGCCUCACAACUAUUUGUUUUUUGCAUAAUUAUUAAAUGGGGCAAAAAAGGUUUAUUAAAUCAUGAAAUUGUAACUCUAUGAUAAUAUAAUACGGUAUAACUUUACUUUUUUGAGUAGAGAUUGGACGUAUCAGUAGUAGUUAUCUUAUGUAUUCAACGUAAAGAUCAACAUUUAACAAUAUUAUUAUUCUUCGAGCCCGAAUGGGCUCUGAGUCAAUAGCCUAUGAGGCGGAAGGCCAAAUGGGCUAUUGACUCAGAGGCCAUGAGGGCGAGAGGAAUAAUUGUUUUAGUAAAAUCCAACUAGUUGGUCAAAAAUAUCGAGACAAAACAACUUUAGCUAGAGAAACGUGAUUCAGCCGCCAUUGUUUUGGUUUUCAAAGCCGGCGCUUUUCGCUGCUAGUGGGCUAUAACAUAUAGCCUAGUAGUAGCUCAACCAAUCAGAACGCAGCAUUGAUAAUAAGCCACUAGUUGGAUUUUACUAAACUGCAAUAUACUUUUACAUAGCCCUGACAGUCUCUUUCACCACCAGAUAUGAACUCUUCAUGACAGCGUUUGAACAUGUUUCAACGAAAAUAGAUGAAAUUUACAAGGUUUGUCGUGUAUUUACAUAUACAUAUAAUAUAUAGUUUAGCCAGGGCUAAAAGCGAAGCUCUCGUUAAAUCCAUGAUUUACUAAACAAAAUAUAAACGAAGACAGGCAAAAAAUCGGUAGGUCUAAUUAGCCAAAAAAAAAAACUUUGCACCUGCAGCACACUUUUUUUCUAACUAGCAAAAAACAAUUUUGCACGCUUUUUUGUACAUUUCUUUGCCGUCGUUUUGAACGAAUAAAACGUGAAACUUCCAGAAACUUCCUAGUUACACGUUUUACGGAGGAAAUGUAUGUGUUCUGCCUGUUCACUUUUUUUUCGCUGCCGCUCAUUUUCACCUUGUUAGCGGCUAAUAUUUCCCCUUUUUCUCACCGCCGCUAUAAAUUCUUUUUGUUUUUCUUCUAAUGAAAUUGGUCUCCUUUGGUUUUUAACUCUCGCUCUGGCUCUUUCUCUGUUAUCCACGUUAAUGUAGACAUUGAAAUUAAGUCGAAAGAAAGAGUCGGCAUUUGUUGUUGUUUUUUUAUCUCUAAAACACUGGGAAGCUACCGUAAAAUUCCGAAAAUAAGCCCCUCCAAAUGUAAGCCCCCCAAACCGUUAACGCAUAAAACCCUCCGUUAAAUCGCCCCUCCAAAUAUAAGCUCCCCGGGGGCUUGUACUUGGAAAAUUGUCCUCAAAUACAAAGUAAAACAAAGCAAAAACGGUAAAUUAAAGUUUACUUCCAUCUAUAAGCCAGCCCAAUCUAUUUUGAAACGCAACUUUCCCUCCGAAGAUAAGCCCCGCCAAAAAUAAGCCCCCUAUAAAGGCCCGUUGAAAAGUAUAAGCCCCAGGGCUUAUUUUCGGAAUUUUACGGUAUGCGAUUUACCGUCGAAACUAGCGGGUGCUUGAAAUGCAAAAUGUGAUCUCUUCUUACAUGAAGGGGUGGACGUACCCGGUACGGACGAUUUUCUCAGUACCAAAAUUUGUUGGAUGCAUAGAUUACCUAAUUUUCAUACCCGUGGUGCUCCGCUAUAAAACUAAGAGAAGACACCAAAAACUAAACGUAACAUUAUUUCUUAUUACCAGGUCAAUAUAAACCGCACAAAAAAUUACUAUACCAUGUUCUUGAAAUAUAUAGAACACAUACCAGGGUUGGGGUUGUAGUACAAGUACAAUGAUAGUAAAUUUAAAGCAAAUAUUAUUACGUAUAAUUUUAUUUAUGCUCCUCUUGUCCCUUUAUUUUCUUUCAGGACAUUGCCAACAAUCCCAGCGCACAAGCAUUCCUUGGUCCUGAAGAUGCCGAGGUAUGCAGUAUUUUCCAAUCACAGAUCCUUAAGUUCGGAUCAAGGAUAGUAGUCUACCGUCCUUUUACCACUGAGAGGUCAUGUUCUUAAGAUUCCAGUGGUUCUUUAAUGGUGGCGGCGGUAAAUUGUGUUAAUUUUGUUCUUAAUGUUGUUUUUUGGCCGUUCUAGGAGCCCUACCUUGGAGGAAUAAAUUACAACUGUGUAGCGCCCGGGAAAAGGUCAGAAUUUUAGUACUUCUUUUUAAGUUUUGGUUUAUGCGGUAGUAAGCAGAGCCCUUUGGUUUUACUAAUUAGUGCUUUGUAAAUGCCCAGGUUCCGACCAAUGGAUAAUUUAUCUGGUGGCGAAAAAACUGUAGCAGCACUUGCUCUUCUCUUCAGUAUUCACAGGUAAAUAAGUAGCUCUGUUUUGUUCUAGAUAAUAACGUUAUGAUUGUCACAUGUAAGUUAUAUCAUUCAUCGCGUUAGAAACGAGGUUGGAGUGUUACUAUCAUACUUUAAGUGUAAGAGAAUUUAAAUGGACCUUGUUACUUUUUUGACUACUGAUUUUACGUUAUUGCAGCUUUCAACCAGCACCGUUUUUUGUCCUGGAUGAAAUAGACGCCGCUCUUGACAACACCAACAUCAAUAAGGUACAUUAGAAGCUUGACUGAGAUGCAAGAGCUAGGAAGCUUAUUUUUAAAACAUAUGUGGUAACUGACUGUGUAAUACGCCAGUACUUCUGUUGAGUCAGGUCAGAGAUCCUAUGUGAAAGGAAGUAGGCGGCCGUUAAAGGCGUGCCCUACUUGUAUAAUUAACCGUGGGUUUUGCAGUACGCCUUUUUGUAAAACGUGUCAGUAGAUGCCUCCUUAUGAAAUACCUGUUUAUUGUUUAUCAUCAUGAGAUUUUAUUCGUUUGCAAUUUUAAUAUACUGCUUCUUUUUAGGUCGCCAGGUACAUUAUCAGCGAAACUGAAAAACGUUUCCAGUGUAUUGUGAUUUCCCUCAAAGAAGAGUUUUAUACCAGGGCAGAAGCUCUUAUUGGAAUUACUGCUGAAGUUAGUAUGCAUUUACUCUGAUGAUAAUAUUUGGGCGCUGUUUACCGUCCCCCGUCCCCUAAGUAGAUUUGGUACUCAUUUCCAGGCUUGACUCGGUCGUAAGUGUGUAUGAUCCCGACGAUCUUAUGGAAAAGUAGGGGAUUUUGAACAGUCUAGUUCUGCCCGUGUUUUCAUCACUUGAGUUACGGACGUUCAUUAAUGACGUUUCUUUUUGUUUUCUAGCCUGACAAAGACUGCACAGUGAGCCGAGUGUUCACCUUGGAUUUGACUCAGUAUCCAGAGUAGUUAGGCUGCCACCACUCAAACUAUUCAUCCGUUGGAAAAUUUCAAGAAAGCUGUACAGAAGUUAAGGAAAGACAAACCGCUUCAUGUAAUCAGGGGAUCUCAUCUUCAAUCUUGUGUUAACGUGACAUAUGUUGUCAAGCCUUUGCAAUCUCUUUCUGAACCUGAACUGACCACUAUUAACUUUGUUUAAAAAAAGGUUAUUAAAAAAGAUGACGCACUUGCCAGGUCUCGCUUUUAUUGUCCUCCUCAACACU